UCUCCCGUUCUCGCCCGUUCGUACGUGUACGCCGUGCCGAUGUGAUCGAUCGUGUCGUUACUUGCUUGUGAUUGUGAGUUCCUGCGUGUAUCGAGUGAUCGAUCGUGUGAGGAUGUCCUUUCUCUUUGACCUAGAUCGAGUUCUCGAUGCCGCGCGCUGUAAAUUUAGCCGCCGUAAGAACGAUGUUUCUCUUUGUUUUGCAAUAAUGAUCUCGAAUGAUUGUGCUUCUCUGGCUGUUGCUGUGAAUAGAUAUUGUACCGUAGCUUGUUAUUCUAUAGGGCCGCCAGUCAAGAGGUCAAAGCCACCAAGUCUGGUCAGUCUCUGUGUUGGGGUUGUCGGCAAGCACUUGGAGGAUAUAAUUACAGAUUUGGAAGAGAUUGCCGUUACCUUCCCUGCGGAUAUUAAGAUGGCAGUGGCAGCAAUUGCUCGGAGGAGACGGUUACUUGAUAACAAUGUAAUUGUUUCUUUGGCUGAUGGUUCAUGGGAGAUCCUUGACAUCUCAGGUUCAAAUGUUUCUGAUGUGGGAUUGAUUAAAUUAGCUGGAAUAUGCAGGUCUCUUCGAGCUGUGGAUAUAAGUCGGUGUGCAAAUAUCACUGUGGCUGGUGUUUCUGGAGUUUUGCAGCAUUGUCAUUCGCUAGAAACUUUGAGAUGUGGAGGGUGCCCGAGGAGUGACUACACAGCACGUUGUUGUUUGGGCAUAUUGAAACCGAAGCUGCAUGAUGUGGAUGGUGAUUCAUGGGAGGAACUUGAUGCUGCGGAAAUCAUAGAUGGCGCACAUUCGUUGCGGUGGCUUGUCUGGCCAAGGAUAGAUAAAAAUACUCUGGAGGAUUUUUCUGCUGAAUGCCCGCGCAUCACAGUAAACCCCAAGCCGUCACCUUUCACUCAAAGAUGGACCCAAGCUCCAAGGGAAGCGUGGCCAGAUGUCAUAUUGGAUGAAACCUUUGUUAAGGAUAUUGAUCCCGAGACAUGGGCUGUGUCUGGACUUAGACCCAGGAGGAUUUCCGCACCUCUAUCUAGCCCGACAUCUGAAUUAUCAGUGGCUGAAAAGUUUAGGCUUGCAUUUCUCGAAAGAGACAAUCGGUUAGCCCCGAAACGUGCAAAGAACGUGAGACAACGUCAACGGCGUGCGGAGAAAGAGUUGAUGACAAUGGAUACGAGGGCAAAGGCACUUGCUCUGGCCUCCAAAUUGAGCAGAUCGCUCAAUAAUAGGCACUAGUGUUCGUGGAUAAUCAAGGGCAGCACCUCGGAGAACGCUUUCGUUGUAUUACCAUGAUGUUUUUGGGUGCUUGUGUUUCAUAAUGUCUGCAGCAUACGGCCUUGUUUUGAUGAGGUUCAGCUAGCGUGCGUUAGCAUAUUCUUGUGAGCUUAGAAUUUGGCCAUCAUAAAUUUGUAAUUAUUAUAUCCCGAUCAUAUAAUCUGUAUACCUUGGUGACGAGAGGAACAGGCAGCGUUUCAUUGCGGUGCUGGAUAGCGUUUGAAGUGUCUCAUGGAGGUUGGUUCAGGGCCGGGCUUGAGCAGGGGCGGGUUCAUUUUAGGUCGGUAAUUUGUUCUUUCUGCAUCUAAAUCCUUUUUUAGUACA